CCAGGCUGCUGUGCGGUUAAAUGCGACUCCAUCUCCCCCGACCCAAGCGCGUAAUGGCCGCUGGCUAUCUUGGGGGAGCCAGCUGUUGGACUAUGCCCCACUGCCAGGAAACAGGUGCCGGAAGGUUCUCUGACAAGAUCCCGCUUUCCUAGGGCGGUAAAGGCGUUCACAGGUCGGGAAGGGGCGGUGGGAGAACCGGGGCAGCGCUGAGCCAUGCUCGUGAACUGUGGGUCUGUCUGUGAAGGGGCCCAGUUUCGUGGCACCACGGUAGCGCCCGCGCUAGAAGGUUGUCUUGUGACAGAGCGAAAACUACAAUUCCCAGCAUUCCUGCGGUGCCAGAACUACCUUGCCCGAAAGCCUGUGCGAGAUCUACCCCGUCUUCCGCCUCCCUCCCACCGGAAAACUCUGAGGACAUGAAUAGUCGCCAGGCUUGGCGUCUCUUGCUCUCCCAAGGCAAAGGGGAUCGUUGGGUUUCAAGGCCCCGCGGGCAUUUCUCGCCGGCCCUGCGGAGAGAGUUCUUCACUACCACAACCAAGGAGGGAUAUGAUAGGCGGCCAGUGGAUAUAACUCCUUUAGAACAAAGGAAAUUAACUUUUGAUACCCAUGCAUUGGUUCAGGACUUGGAAACUCAUGGAUUUGACAAAACACAAGCAGAAACAAUUGUGUCAGCGUUAACUACUUUAUCAAAUGUCAGCCUGGAUACUAUCUAUAAAGAGAUGGUCACUCAAGCUCAACAGGAAAUAACAGUACAACAGCUAAUGGCUCAUUUGGAUUCUAUCAGGAAAGACAUGGUCAUCCUAGAGAAAAGUGAAUUUGCAAAUCUGAGAGCAGAGAAUGAGAAAAUGAAAAUUGAAUUAGACCAAGUUAAGCAACAACUAGUGCAUGAAACCAGUCGAAUCAGAGCAGAUAAUAAACUGGAUAUCAACCUAGAAAGGAGCAGAGUAACAGAUAUGUUUACAGAUCAAGAAAAGCAACUUAUGGAAACAACUACAGAAUUUACAAAAAAGGAUACUCAAACCAAAAGUAUUAUUUCAGAGACCAGUAAUAAAAUUGAUGCUGAAAUUGCUUCCUUAAAAACACUGAUGGAAUCUAACAAACUUGAGACAAUUCGUUAUCUUGCAGGUAAGACUGUCAGAGAAAGAAAUUGCUGUCAACUAAUUUUCCUGUUAGUUCCUACCUAUCAAGGUAACUGAGCAGGCACAGGAAAAAAAGGAGGAGCUAUAACAAGGCUUUUUUAUUGCUUGGUCUCCUGUAAUGCUUAAAGAAGGUUCCAGUCUCAGGAUAUAUUUUUUGGAGUCUUGGGUUUUAUUUUUAAUACUUAUAAUUUUUAUUAUAGCAGAUUACAAAUUAGACACAGCCAAAGGAAGGAACAUAUAGGGUGUAGUAUGGGACAGUUCUAAAUAUUAAGCUUCUGUCAUCCUCACAGAUGUGUUACCCUUCAGAAUAUGUUUAGCAGGCAGCUCUGCAGCUGACUAAUAGAAAAAGCAUGUGGAUAUAAAAGAAAUAUAUAAACACAAGCAGAAAAUGAUAGAAGGAUAAACUGGGUACUCCACAGUGAAAACAAAAAUGAAAAUUUUCUUUUUAUUGCUUAUGUUCUUCCAUAAAGAUUUGAAUGAGGUUAGAGAAAAAAAGAUCAAUAAAGUAGAUAUAAGCCCAUUAAAAACCUGGAGGAGGGACAGAUGACGUUACCUUGAAUCAACUGAUUCAGCAUAGAUACUACCCCAAAAUUAGAUUAUUUGUCACAUACUGAGCUCAAGUACCAUCUGACCUGACCCAAUUACAGGGCCCCAGUGAUUUAGGAAGAAUGCCCUAGUCAACUAUUACUUGUCUUUUUUCUUUCCUUUUAUAAAAAGUAAUGUAUUUUCAUUAUAAAUUAUUCAUAGAAUUCAAAAGCAGUAAAAGUGAAAGCCCCUCCCCAUGUGUGUUUACUAUUAGUGGUAAACAUUUUCUAGGCUUUUUCUUCUAUAUAUAAACAACUUAUAUACUUCUUAAAAAUAAUUAGAUCACGUACUUUUUAUAGUCUACAACUUUUAAAAGUUUAACUAAAUGUCCUAUUUCUUUCCACACAGACAUCUUUUUAUUAGAAAGCACAAUAUUCCCUAUAUGAAAAUGCCACAAUUUAUGUAUCCAGUCCUCUAUUAACAGGCAUUCUUCCUCCAGUUUUUCAUUAUUAAGGACAAUACUGUAUUGAACAGCCAUAUAUAUGUGUUACGUUUGAGUAAAUACACAUACACACACACAUAUCUUUGUGCCCCCGUGCUAGUAUUUCUAUAUAACAACUUGCUAUGUACAUUUAAAAUUUGGGGUCAAAAAGAUAUGCACAUUUAAAAUUUUUGAUAUUAACAAAUUGCUGUCUAAAAGAAAACUGCCGAUUUAUAUAGUCUUAGUCAUUUUCUGGGCAGUUACUACUGAUGUUGAGGUGCCAGCAGGGUUGAAGAUGGAGCCCCCAGCCAUCAGCUGAACCGUGGAAGGGGCACAAGUAAAAUAGCCUACCUACAAGCAUAAUUGGAAUCAGAACUUACUCUUUAAGUCUAUGACUGUGUGCCUCAAUUUCUCAUACCAGCUUUCUCCAAAGGUUGGGAACAUUACCAGCUAGACUCUUAUCAUUCCACUUUCACUAAUCAGGAGAGAUUGCCCUCUUUCCUUAGUUCCAGUUUUUAAAAUCCUCAGAAAGGAGUCUGAAUGGUUCAUCUUGGGUCAGACACCACCUUUUGACCCAGAACACUGCCACCAAGGAAUAAUGGCAAUCUCCAUUUAAUCUAUGUAGAUAAUGUGGCAGAUUUUGUUCUUGGCAGAUAAAUAAUGAAAGCUAAUGUUUACAGAGUGCUUAAAAUGUACCAGGCACAUGCUCACCUAAGCAUUUUACAUAUAUGUAGAAUGUCUCCCUAGACAGGGUAUAGAGGAUAAACAGCAAACUUAAAAGAAAUUGGAGAUGGCUCCAUAGUUACUACAACAACAGCCAUGAGAAAUAAAAGCUGAAAUAACAGCAGCAAGACAUGAGAGAGAAACUUAAAUGCAGUAACGAUUGUAUACUCUACUGAAGGAACAAAAUACCUCCCAUCUCACAAUAAGUAAGUGUUCAUUUGGUUAUCUAAAACUUAAUUUAUCAGCUGUUGAAUCAGCAGAGGAUGUAACCACUUAGCACUAUGUGACUGAAAUAAAUGACAGACUGAGUCUUUCAGGUGUCACAAUAUAUAAUAAGGAUCACAAAUUUUUUGUGUGUGUGUUUUUUAUUAAGAGGAAAAAAAACGGCUUUGGAGUCAAGUACACUUAGUCUUAAAUCCUGGCUCCACUGUUUGCUAGCGAUGUAACUGGGUGUAUUACCUCAUCUGUACAACGGGGAUAAUACCACCAAUCUCAUGGUUAAAUAAAGUAGUGUGUGUAAUUGCUCAGCAUACUAGCAUAGUACCUGACACAUGGCAAAUAGUAGCAGGAUCAAAUGGGAGAAUAUAUAAUUGCCCAGUGGCAGUAAGACAAGAAACUCUUAGUGUUAUUACUUCUCUAUGUUUCUUGGAGAUGCCUAAUCCCAUUUCUUAAAACUGAGAAGAUGAUCUUAUCAUUAACCAAGUUUCAGUAAGUAGUAGGAUCAAAUGGGAUGGUGUACAAAUGGGUUUAUACAUUAUGAAUAACUUUACUUUGAAAGGCUAAUUUCUUGUGUCUUUAUUCAUAAAAGUUUUCCCUUCAUCUCUAACUUGUCUGUUUUUAAAAAUUCAUUCAUUGGUGUUUUAAACAAACUGGAGACUAGGGAGUCCCUAAAGGCCUCACUCAGACUUACGUUCUAAAAGCUGGGAAAACUGAAUUUUUUUUUAUCCAAAAUGAUGUAACCUAAAGUACAGGUAGUAUAUUAACUAUUUUAAAAACCUGAUGCUUUUUCUGCCUUUUCUUCUACCUCAUUGAGUUUAAAGAGUUUUUAUUAAAAUUUUAUUUUUUUAAGAAUUAUGAGAAAUUACUUAAAAAUGUACUGAAAAGGCAAUUAAAAUUCUCUUCUCAUAGACAUAUGUAUAUUUUACUAGCCUAACUACAUAAUUUUUUAAUAUAAGAAAGAUUUCAUUUAUCAUGAGAUCUGAAAUUAGAGCUUAUAAUUAUUUAAAGUAGUCAAUAAUGCUAACGUUAAUGAUUUUAAAUACAGGUUCUAGGUUCUAAAUGACAUAAUUUACAUUUUAAUAUACAGGUGCUUUUAAGAAGAAUUAGGCAUUAAGGCUGCCCUUAAGAAUGUCUUUCAUACUUAAUUGUCUAGGGAAUAAAAAACAUAGGAUAGAAAAUUGGUUGGAUUUCCUGUUUUUUGCUCUUCACUUAAAGAUAACAUUCUCUUUAUCUCUGCAAAAUAAUCACAAAUACAAGACCUGUAACACAGUUUCUUCUUUUCACAGCUUCAGUGUUUACUUGCCUGGCAAUAGCAUUGGGAUUUUAUAGAUUCUGGAAGUAGCAUUAAUGCUCAUCCUGCUGUGGCUGUUGGCUUCUUAGAACACCAAACCGGGAGAGAUUUACUUUGAACAUUGUCAGUUGCAGCAAAAAUUUACUACACAAGAUUAUUCAAAGUGUAUAUGGACUAAAAGAGGAAGUGUUUUAGAAUGAGAAGAGAUACUUUGUCUUUAUUGUGUGUGUGUGAGUGCAUGUGUGUGUCUUCAUUAUAUUGAAAAGCUGUCAUUCAGACCUGGUUUAUUUGAGAUAGAAGAGCAUUUUGUCCUUUUGAUAGUACAUAGAAAUUGAACCAGCGUUUUCUUAUGUUUGCUUGAAUAAAUCAUACAGGAUUUUGUGGGUAUUGGUUGAAUAUUUGUAAACCAUUCCCUAGCCUACAUAUUUAUUACGGAAUUAACUUUCCUGAUAACCAUUGCAUAAUUACAUUUUUCUAUAAAAUAAAAGAUUAUUAUAACAAA